GGGAUGUGCCCUGUGUACAGACUCCAACGGUGAUGUGACAAUUAACUUUAUUAUUAUAUCUACGAUAUCCUCAACAGUGUGGUAUAGACAUGGCAAUAUCAUUAUCUGAUUGCAUUGACCGAUGUUUGAGGAUAUGAAGUUCUGUUCUUCAUGUGUUCAGUGUGGUGCACUAGUCAAUCUUCGUAUUAUACAUAACAGUAUAAAACAGAGACACAACGUCGAGAAUGAAGUUGGAGCUGCCGAGGCAGCUGACUCAUCGUGUAUUAGGACGGUGCAAAUCUAUUUUAUCAAUAAAAAUUCCGGUAAUGCGCUUGAUAUUAGAGAUGGUAUUUUAGAACCCGGGGCAGAAGUUAUUCAAUAUGAUUGGAAUUUACAAAAUGAUGAUGGUUAUAUCUUCUGUCUGGCUCAUCCUAAUCUAGUCUUGGAUAUCGACAGUAAAGGUCAUGCAAUCUUGAGUCUGAAGCGUGAUGGAGUUUCUUAUGGUGGUCAACGCUGGCACUUGCAAAAUAGCCAUUAGUGAUAACAAAAAAACUGUUGGAAACUAUUUGUAUCUA